CAUGAAAUUAUCUGCCAGAGACUUGGUAGGAGGCUACAUAACCGGCUCACAGAGGUACACGACCCUCUUUAAGCGCAACUUUGGCUGGCUGCUAGCGGUAUUCGUGUACAUCACGGUCAUGCUGUCAGCGAUACAGGUAGCGCUGGCGACAGGGCGGUUCGAGGACGAUAUGGGGUUCCAGCAGUUUUCGUACGGUAUGGCGAUCGCGGCUAUAGCACUUGUCAUCGCUGCGACUAUUGUUGCGCUCUUGAUCUAGGCUGGGCUUUUCUGUUUUCACUUUAUCUCGAGUAUCUAUUACAAUAGGCGGAUAUUAUUGCGGAGACAACGAUAGGAAGACGGUUCACAUCGACAAUGGCGCCCGCUCUCGUACUCAAAUUGAGCCACGAUGAUCUGGCCAAAAACAUGUAAACGCUAGCUGAGGAAUGAGGCGU